AUGGACGAGGUUGCUAAAGAAUAUAAUGGGAUCACUCAUGGAACCACCGGUAUGCGGCCGGAAGAUGUCAAACGAGAGAACGCGGAUCACCUCUUAAAAACGGCCUAUAAUCGUCCAAAAAUAGCUGGUCGUCCUAAAUAUUGGGUAGAAAAGUACGUAUUAGUAAGCAUAAAUCAAUAUUUGAAAAAGGUUACACGCCAAAUUGGUCGACUAAACUGUUUAAAAUACGGAAAAUUCAAAUUACGAAUCCUCCUACAUAUAGUUGAUAUGGAAAAUAAUCCGAUAUUGGGUGCUUUUUACGAAUAUGAAAUUCAACCUACUAAUUAUGAAGACAUCUACCUUAUAGAAAAAGUGUUAGAUAGAAAGAAAAAUAAUGUAUAU